ACAACGGCGAAGCGCCGGUAAAAAGCAAAAAGCUCCGUUGCAUACCGCACAGAACACCCGCUUGCUUGAUUCUCUUCGUGUGAAUGUGUGUAGGUGUGUGCGUGCCUGCUUCCAACGCCAACACAUUGUCGUCGUCUCACCUGUACGCCACCCAGUCACUCACAUACAAGAAGCGGCUGAAUAAAUUGUCUUCCAAGCAGCGGAACAAACCGUAAACUUCUUGCGUCGCCAAGAUCGCUUUUGCCCACACUCGCAGCGAAACGUUCGCACACAGUCCCAUGCAUGCCGUACGAUUGUAUAGAAAAGAAUAAUAACAACAGAACUCGGGGUCCGCUCAGCCACACAGCGAAAGCACAGCAACACAACACAACAGGUAUCAUCGGAGCGCACGGAGCUUAGCUGUGUCCCGUUCACAAUCCGUCCCGUUCUGGCAGCCGCCACCGGGCCAACCAAAGUUCUGCAACCCAUCUCGCCCGUGCACACGAUCGUGUUAUGUGUGCGUGUGUGUUGGUGUUGCGUUCCGAAUCUAGCUGUAAUUCUGUUUUUUUUGCACCGCUUAGCUGCUGGAGCGGCUCAGCCAGCUAGCUAGCUAGCAGACUCUCGGAACUUGGGAACUGUGGAACACGGAGUACAGUAAGUGAAAGAACGCCGCCAAGAACGAACGUGUAUUUUCGUUGGCGAAGUCGCGUGUGUUACACUUUUCUACACAGCCUUCUGUUUUUCACUGUGCUCUGUGGCCAAGGCCUACUACUACUGGGUAGCAGCAGCAACUCCCAUUCAGCGACGAGGCAGUUAGUUCCGUAGGCGGAACAGUGCCUUCCGGUAUCAACCGAGUGACCCCCAAAACGCCUGUGUUUAUCGUGAAGAAAUACUGAAAACAAGUGAGAUUCUUGAAUCGGGAAACGACAAUGUGAAGAUGUGAAAGCGUUUGAAUGAUAGAAUAUACUACUCAAAGUGCAAUAUUUUCUAAGAUAUUUGAUAGUGUUUUUUUAAGGAUUGCGUGGCUCACGGAAAGUAAACGGAUCUCUCUGAGUGUGAAGUGAGUACGGCAAUAAAGUGAUGAAUAAGGCCUGUACAGAGUACCGGAUUAUGGAAUAAAACGUAGUGCGAUUUGUGAGCAGUAGUGCUGUAUGAAGCGAUUUAUUACUGAUAUGACCAUUCGAGGAACCGCGUAUAACUGACCCAGGACGGACCCAGCAGUACGUGCGAUUGUUGUAAAGUGUGACACAAAAGAAACGGGAAUUAUUUGGAUUACGUACGCCGUCGUGUGUUUAUGACCUGUGGCCCCCAUUUUUUUACCUUCUGACUGAAGAAACUUCGCCACAAUGCCGAAGCCCAAACGAUUAAUCAAGGACUGGAUUCAUCUGGAGCGGCUGCUGGAGCCUAUGCCGCUGAAGGAACGUUGGCUCUGGUUGCUCGAGUCACAGGAACAUGCAAAUGGUGGUGGUGAUGGAGGUGGUGCCGGAUCUGGCAGCGAACCGCUGUCGCUGGUUUCGCGCGACAAGGAACCCAAGGAAGCGACAGUUCGCGACAUCUUCGGCGAAGAGAAUCGCCUCAGCCCGCCCUGCCGGGAGAGCACAUCCUCACCUUCAUCGUCAUCGCCGCAUCUUGCGGUCAAGCUAGCACACAACAGCUCACCAGCACUAGCACCAGCGGCAGCAGUCAGCCCGUCGUUGCCGCAGUCAGUCCCACUGUGCCUACAGCGGACAAUCGCCAAAGAUAACCAACACCAACAGUCGCCGUCGCAGCAUGAACGGGAACCAGCUUCCAGUACCACCACGCCCGGUGCCCGACGGUUCCUUCCCAGCGGCCCCAGGGAUGCUCCCUACGGUAACAACCGGGGACACGUGCUCACCCUAGCGGAACGUAAAGAUUACCCCCCGAGCAGACCUAGCACACCACACCACAAGUCGCCGCCGGUGCUGGAGAAGAAGGCUCCACCUCAUAGCAACGGGUCGCCCCUCAUCCGGGACGAUCGGAAUGUACUGACAGAGGAGCGACCGGUGGUUUCAAUCAAACCACGAUCACCUCCCCCGAAGGAUCGGAUUCCAAGUCCACCACCGGCACCGGGUGCGGCUGUUCGGUGUUCCGUUAUCCAGCGAGCUCCUACGGCGGCUGUUUCACCACGGCGGCCCAGCCCGGAAAGCAGCCCUCGAGCUGUCGAUCUGAAGGUUCGUGCUCCAGAGCUGGAACCGAUGCAGGAACAACCGAUCGAUUACCACGUACCAAAACGAAAUGGGGACAGCGCCAAGGAAGACGAAGAGAAAGAAAAGCGCAUGCAGAGGGCGAAGCAGGCGGCGGUUUUCCGAAAGCAGCUUUGGAUUCGAGCGCAUCGGUUCGGUAAUCUGAAUGGAAUUAUGCAAGCUGCGGCCGGACACGGUCGAUCUUCUGGUGGAGGUGGACAAAGCGGUGGAGGUCAUACCGGACACAGUGGAGGCGGUAGUAUCAACUUUUCAUCCGGAUCCGGCGGGUUAGGUGGAGCCAGCGGAGGUGGAGGAGGAGGAGGCGGUGCAAUUGGUAGUGGAGGAUCCGGUGGUGGAAUGGGAGGACGCGAUGGGCGAUCCAACUAUGGUCCAAACAGUCCCCCAACCGGUUCUCUGCCGCCGUUCUACGAAAGUUUGAAAGGUGGAAAUGCUGGUCUCAACGGGUACAACGCGAAUGGAGGAUUUUUGAACACUAACUGGAAUAACAUGGAUUGCGAUACGACCCAGGAUCUCACCAAUAUCGGAGCCUACACGGACGCUAACGGGAACAGUAGUAACCCGUCGAAACAAUACUCAAUGCUGCAGAAUACUUACGGAAUCGCUCUGAAAGAUGAAGCCGACUUGGAUUACGAUUCGAAGAUCGAUUCACUGUCGAAUCUGUACGGAGGCUAUGACGUUAACGAUUCCAUGAUGGUUGACAUGAACGGAGUAGGUGUCGAUCCGCUCCAGUUUACCGCAACGCUAACAUUUUCCUCACCUGGUGACAAUGCUCUCCUGGACAGCCUAACCGACGCGGUCGAUUUAAGUCACUUCCUAAAUCGGCUUCCGUCGGACGAACAGUCCAGCAACUGCAACGACCUGGAACUCACCUCAACACCUUCCCUAACCCCAGACUCCGUCUCAACCUCCCUCCAGCAUGUCGAUGGUCACGACGGCCUGGACCAGUACCCUGAACAUCUACUCCUCUCUCGAAGUUACAACACCAACUUCAACAAUAACAACACCCACAAAUAUCUGCACCAGCAUCAGGAGAACCCGCCCAGCUAUCAGUUCCAAUCGCUCAGCAACUUCGACCUCGACUCGCACAGUAACCUGUCCCUGCCAUCUCCCAACAGCAACUCCCUUCAGUCUCCCUCGUCAUCCUCCUCACCGCAGUCCUCUUCAUCCUCCUCAGUAGCAGCAGCCGCUGCCGCCGCCGCAGCAUCCCUAGCAGCCGGUCUACCCGGGCACGGUCACCAUUCAGUCGGUGGUCUUGGUGGUGCCGCCGCCGUUGUCGCACCCCCGCCUGCCGUCGUCGCCUCAACCAUCCAAAAUCUCGGCCUACCGGCGGAGGUACAGCUAGAGUUCGUAAACGGUGGCCACGGCAUCAAGAACCCACUGGCCGUCGAGAAUGUGCCCGGUCGGUUGCGCGAUGAGGACAAACACCAUACCAAACUGCUCCAGCAGCAGCAGCAACAACAGACCGAUGUGGUCAAACUGGACGAAUCGGGCAGCGAAAGUGGCGGUCAGAAUCAGAAGUUCUGCUGCCGGAUCUGUCAGAAAACCUUCACCCUGCAGCGGUUGCUCAACCGGCACAUGAAGUGCCACUCGGACGUCAAGCGCUACCUGUGCACGUUCUGCGGCAAGGGUUUCAACGAUACGUUCGAUCUGAAGCGGCACACGCGAACACACACCGGCGUGCGGCCCUACAAGUGCAAUCUGUGCGAGAAGUCGUUCACGCAGCGCUGCUCGCUUGAGUCUCACUGUCUGAAAGUGCACGGCGUGCAGCACCAGUACGCGUACAAGGAACGGCGCACGAAGAUGUACGUCUGCGAGGAAUGCGGCCACACCACCAACGAACCGGAGGUGCACUAUCUGCACCUGAAGGAGAAGCACCCGUACUCGCCGGCCCUGCUCAAGUUCUACGACAAGCGCCACUUCAAAUUUACCAAUUCGCAGUUUGCGAACAAUCUGCUCGGUUCGUUCCCGAUGCCGGUGUCGAAUUGAGGCGGGAUUCACACAGGACAGGUGAGAGAAAGAGAGAGAGAGAGAAACAGAAUGGCAAAGUAUUAGAUCGGCAAUCAGCCAGGGACUGUUAAACAGAGAGAGAGAGUGAGAGAGAAAUGCAAAUGCGGUGCACACUCGCGAUCGAUUCCCAAUUGUUUCCUGCUCUUUUUUCGGUAAUAGUUUGUAACUUUAGGUGAUAAAAACAGAAGCGAUAAUGUUUAGGUAUGAUGCGCUGAAAAAGGGCGGACAUUUAAGUAAACAAAAAAACACUAACAAUUAUUUAUUUGCUGCAAUAUUAUUUUUAUAUUACUACUAAUCGUUAGGCGUUUAAGGCUAUCCAAUGAUACUGAGAGAGAGAGAGAAAGAGUAAGAGAACAACCGGUAGAAACAGAGAAAGGAAAAAGAUCGCGUAUUGAAGCACCGAAAGACAACAGUUAUUAGAGGAAACAGUUAAGGCUUUUUAGGGUAGAUUUUUUUUUAGGAUUAUUCACUCUUCGAGCAAAAGAUAACAUUAGCUGAAACUUAGAAGAGGAAAAUAUUGGUUGAAUAGGAUGGAAUCAGGAGCACG